AGUUUUCCAAGAAACAGUUUUUGUCGUUUGUUCGAAAAAAGUCGAAGUAGCAUGACGCGCCGUUUUUACCAUUAUUUGCGAGAAGUUAACAGCGUCAAGACCCGACCAAUGCACACAAGUCUACUCCGUGCAAAACGCUUCGAACACUAUUAAGAAUAAUCAAAUUAUAAAAAAGAUCCAUCCGAAGGAUGCUGGAAACCGCAGGAAGCCAUCACCAAGCUAUUUAAUUAUUACAUUUUAAAAGUAAUCGAAGCGGCCGUAAAGCGUAAGGAAAGGCGAGGGGUCAUCUGGCAGAAAUGACAAUAGAAGGGAGGAGGCAUUUCCAUAUCGUAGAAGACGUUCGUCCUUCCGUCGUCUCUCGGUAGCCAUGGUAACGAGACAGUCGACGUAGCUUCUGCGAUACAUCAAAAUUAAGGGAUAAGGUCGAGGCAAACGGUAAAGUCUGUCCGCCGGAUCGAAACUCGACCAUUAAUAGUGAGAGUUUCGGGAAAGGCACACGACGGCAGAGACACCUCACGAAUGCGGGAGGAGUUUACUCCAGUCGACCAAUCCUAGUGUCUUGGUUGGCCGCUAGCUGACCGCUUUUCGCCCCGUUCGAUCGGUUUGUGGCAUAGCCGACUUGACGGUGUCACUUAAUCGAGAUGCACAUAUUGGCGACGUUGGUCCUCUUCUGCGUGACUGCGUGCGCGCAGGAGAGGAACGCCAGGUACGGACAGCUCUACUGCCAGACCGGAUACCACUUGCAAAUUCUGGAUAACGGGAAAAUUAAUGGCACGCGCGAGAUCCGCAGCAAACACGCUAUGUUAGAGAUGAUGAAACUAUCCAUGAAUAUUUUAGCCAUUCGAGGAAUUGUCAGCGAAAGGUAUCUGUGCAUGAGCAGAAAAGGAAAACUUUACGGUUCUAAAGUAAUGGGAAUGGAAUGUUACUUUCAAGAGAAGAUGUUAAGCAGUUACUACAACGUAUACUCGUCUUAUAAAUACACAAGGAAGAAACGAAAAUGGCUAAUAGGUUUGACUAAAAAGGGGAGAGCCAAACGUGGAAAGAAAGCGAAACAGAACAUAACGCAUUUUUCUUUUCGUUUUAUCGAACCUUCCAAAGAUAUAAUAUUAUAUAACGUGCCAAAAAAGAACUGGCCCAACAUAGACAAAAAUAUAAUACGAAGACAAAGGGCGUCCAGGAGACGACACAAGAAUCGAAAAAGACAUCGAAAAUCAAAAAAACGAGAAGAAAACUAAGGAAAAAAAAGCAUAAAAAUGUGCACAAAAUGACUCUAAAAAGUGGCUCCAUGUUUUGUUUUCCUCCCUCUUAAAAAAAAAAAAAAACGAGAAGUUUCUAACGAAGUAUGUGACGUGUGCGAAAUAUUUACACAGAGAAAAAAAAAAUGGAGGAAACUCUAUAAGUAUUUAUUUAUUUAUUUAUUUAUUAAGGAAGCAACACAAUAUUCUUGAAAAUAAAUAAAUAAAUAUAUAAUUGAGAGGAGCCGAAUUGUUAAAAGGAGCCGAGGAAAAGGACUUUGAAAUCGACUCGUAACUUAUGAAUCGUUCCUUUAUUUUUUUUUUGUUUUUUUGUUUUUAAUUAUUGACUUCGAAUCCAGUGUGUAAGUUAUUUGUAUUUAUUUUUACUAUUUAUGUGGCUGGAUUUAUAGUCGUUGCUAAUUAAUAAUAUACGCGCGGUUAUAUUUCAUCGAUUAUAAUGCAUAAGAUCCUACAGCACAUGUAUAUAUACGUGUAUACAUACGUGUUGAUAUAAGUCUCAGAGUAUAAGAUUCUUUGUAUUUAGGUCACCGUACGUUUUACCAAACGAGCUUUAAACUUUACCAUAGAUUAUCUUUGAAAAUGAAGGAAAAAAAAAGUAAUAAUAAUUAAUGGUAUUUUUGCAAUUUUUAUACGAUAAAAAAAGUAAUAAACACGUGUGUU